AUGUUGGUAUCAAUUUUUUUGUUAGUCUUUGGACUUGCUUCAACAGUUUUAUCUUCAUCAAAUCCAUACCGAUACACCCCACUAGAUAUUGCACAGUAUUCAUGUGAUGCCUGGAUAAGUAACCAUAAGCCAGUGUGUUUACCUCCUGUGGCUUGGGGAGGACAUAAUUAUGAUUGCUAUUGUAACUCCAAUCCUGCUUUUGCUACCAUUAUGGAUUGUUUUAUCAAUGGGUACAACAAUGAUUCUGUUAUUAUCAAUGAAUUUGCUCAGACUUGUAACAUGACAUUUGAAUCGAUGUUUAUUAAGUACUAUUUAACUUUGAAUUUCAACUCAACAUUAUUAAGAAAUUUGUCAUUAGCAAAAAGAUGGGGAAACACUUUAACCGAAGAUGAUCUUGUCAAAACACCAAUUUUAUACAAUUAUACCAAUGGCUCUUUUGCAGUUUAUAAAGAUGUUUAUAAGUUGUAUUAUUUAAACACAAAUAGAUCAAUAACUUAUGGAGGUAUAUUAUUGGCAUACUGGGCUGUUAUCUUGGUACUUGCAAUCAUAGUAAACUUGGUCUUGAAAAUGUACUUGGGUUGUAUGAUUAAUGCAUUCAUUGGUAAAGUUGUCAAUGUUUACAGAAAACAUAUUGGAUUAACAGCAACAUUUUCCAAAUCAAAAUCAAAAGAAGUCAGCAUUAUGGGUUGGUUCUUGCUUGGGACAAUUCCAUCAAGAUUAGAAUCCAUCAUUUUAGGGGGGUUUUUUGUUGUCACAAUUGCAGUUUGUGCAGUCAAUAUUCACCACAUACCCAAUAACCCCAAAGAACCUAUCAUGGCUGAGGAGUUAUGUGAUUUGAUAGCAACAAGAACAGGUAUAGUCACAUUAUAUUUAGUGCCGUUGUUAGUGUUGUUUGCCGGCCGUAACAAUUUUAUGCAAUGGUUAACUGGUUGGAAGUUCUCUACCUAUAUGAUGUAUCAUAGAUGGAUUUCUCGUGUGUGCCUUGCCUUGGUGUUUAUUCAUGGUGUCACUUAUACGGUCGUCGAUAAACUAAACGGAACAUAUGCAACUAACAUGAAGACCAAUAACGUGAUUUGGGGUAUUGUUGCAUGUGUUUGUGGUGGAUUCAUUACCUUUUUUGGAAUGUUGAUAUUUAGACGGAAUUAUUAUGAAUUCUUCUACAUUUUCCAUCUUUUGUUGGUAGUAUUCUUUAUUGUUGGAGGUGUUAGACAUGUUGUUGGCUUGGGAUAUGCAAAUUACUUGUGGGCUUCGAUUGCUGUGUGGGUUUUUGAUAGAGUUCUUCGUCUCUUCAAAUUGGCAUCGUUUGGGGUUAAAACUGCACAUAUUGCCUUGUUGGCAAAUGAAACCAUUAAAGUCACCAUACCUAAGCCUAAAAGAUGGAGACCAAAGCCAGGUGGACAUGCUUUUGUUCAUUUUCUCACACCAUCCACAUUUUGGCAAUCUCAUCCAUUUUCGUUUGUCAUUGGUGGUAAUGAUGAUGAAGAAAUUAUGUUUUACAUUAAAGUGAAAGAUGGUAUAACGAAAACAUUGUAUAAUCGUUUGAGCCAAUGUCCUGGUAAAAUCUCAACGAUACCCGUUAUGGUCGAAGGACCUUAUGGUGGAAAUAGCCCUGGUCAAAGAUGCAGACAUUUAGUUUAUGUUGCUGGUGGUAAUGGUAUUCCUGGUCUUUAUUCUGAAUGUAUUGACGUUGAUAGAAGAGCACCAGAAAACAAAACAAUUAAAUUAGUUUGGGUCGUAAGAAAUUGGAAAUCAGUGACUUGGUUUGCUGAUGAAUUGAAAAGGUUGGAAAGUACACGAGUACAGGCCAUGGUAUUUGUAACCAGACCGGAUGAUUUGAGUGGGUUUGAUUCGUCUAGUAACAAGGCCCUUAAACAACCAUAUCAGUAUGAAAAGGAAUCAGUUGAAAAAAUAGAAACAAAAUCAGUCGAUUUAUCGAUUUAUUCACAUCCAAACUCAAUAGUCGAGAACUUGCGACAGGAAUUGUCACACGUUGAAUUCAUUGAAGGCAAACCUAGUAUGGAUGCUAUGGUGCAAUACGAAACAGAAAAAGCUGAUAUGUCGUUGGCUUUUAUAACUUGUGGACACCCGAUGAUGGUUGAUGAAUUGAGAGUUGCAGUAAAGAAAAACUUGGACAACACUCCGCAUAGAGUAGAUUUUUUUGAACAACUACAAGGUUGGUCUUAG